AUGUCGUUUUCCAAGUCCUCUCACACCAUAGCACUGUCGUCUGAUUCCUCCCUGUCCGCAAAAUGCCGGAAGUGCGGCGGCGAGUGGCAGGACUCUUCCAUCCGGCUCGACGAUUUCCUGGGAAAUGAGGACGGCGCCUUCCAGCUCGGAGACCGGGACUUUUCGCUGACCGCCAAGGACGCCGUCAUCGAGCAGACUGAAGAUUGCGCCGUCUUGAGAGCGUGCUUGAGAAAACGGGACGGCAGCUGGCAAGACGCUGCUGUCGAGCUCGAUGCGUUCAUCUCCAACCAAGAUGGCGAACUAUGCCUCGAGAUUGACGUCUUUCUCCCUCAGCUUGCCGACGGAGUCACUGACGAGCUGCAAGCCCUGGUCGCCAAGUGCGAGGCCUCGGCCAGAGACCUGCAGUCGAGCAUCCGGAACAGCAUCACCGAGGGAACAGCCUCGGCCUUUUCCUCCAUUUCCUAUGCCUUCCAGGGAAUCGAAGACACUCAGCAUGCCUUGAGAGAUGCCCGUGUGGAUAUAACCCACACAAUUCAGCACCAAGCAGUCUUCAUCAACACCCUGUUCGUCAAGAGCUUGAAUGAAUGGACCAAAGUCGAGGAUGCCGUCGCUUCGAGCAGCCAAAGAGUCAAGGAAUUUCAGCACACCCAGCUGCACGCCUCGAUAGCAGAGGUGGAGCAGACAGAAGGGACCAUCUCAGCACAGAUUAAAGAAACCCAAAGAAGAAGGGCGCGCACCGAAGAGCACAUCGAAUCGCUGCAAAAGCAGAUAGAUCUGAACGAGGAGGCUCAAAAGAAGGCCGGCGAGCAGGUCGAGGCGGCAAACGGCCGGACAAUCGGAUUUUCCAUUGCCUCUGUGAUACUGCCUUUCAUAUUCAUACCGCUUGCAGUUACCGCUGCUGGCGAGAGAGAGGACUGGGGCAGACGAAGAGACGGAUUCCAAACGAAAAUCAACCGAGCAAAGAUUGCCCAAGAUACGCAAAGGCAGCUUUUGCAACGCUUGGAGGAAGGCAUCCAUCUGGCCAAGGAAAGCAAGGAAAAGUGUUUUGCUCUCCGCCGCCAGACCGAAAAGCUUACCGAAGACCUCAAACACUUCGAGUCCGGCAUCCAUGAGCUCAAAAAGAGCCUGACGACCUUUUCUCUGACCCUCAGACAAGCCGAGACCAGCGCGGUAACGGCAUUCCAGUACAGCCAGACCUUGGAGGAAGGAAGGACCAUCCUGAACGACGCCUUGCGACUCAAAUCAGAGCUUUCUGAGCGCCACAAACUGCAACGCCUACUGGAAAUCUGA